AUGGGUGCCUGCCUAUGCAAAGGUCACAAAGAGCUCCAGAGUGCUCCCCAGCAUCCCAUGGAGGUGCUGCAAUCCCAGCCUGUCAAGGGCGGCCACGCUCCAUCCAACGGCAAUAUGUCAGAGAAGAAGAGCAGCAGUAGUUAUGACAUUGGGGAGUUGGCCACUUCCUCCCUGAUGGGACUGGUGGCGAUGAUCAAGGAGCACAUCACCAAGCCCACGGCCAUGGCCCAGGGGCGUGUUGCACACCUCAUAGAGUGGAAUGGCUGGGGGGGCGGGUGUGAAAGAGGAGGCGACUUGCAGGAAGAUGAGCAGCUCUAUUCCCACCUGACCAACGAGAUCAAGGAGGCCCGUUUUGCCGCAGGAGUAGCAGAGCAAUUUGCAUUGGCUGAAACGGCCAUGAAUGUCUGGUCGAUGUACGAAGGUCCAGAACAGCUAUCCUCCAGCUUAGACCCUCUGCAAGACAGCCACUUCAUGUCUCACUUUCUGUUAGACGUUGGCAGCGUUGGGCUCCCUCAGCAGCUCUACAGUAUCCACACAAAGGCCAACAACAACUACGAUGCUGGCUACCUGGGGCCUCCACCUCCCAGUCUUUUCUGUUUCCCCCAUAUCUCCCCCCUCUCAGCCAGACAGUGAGCGGCGCCCCCCAGAGGACGGGAGGACUGGAGCUUCAGAGGCCACCACCGUUCAACACGUAGACAGCAGUUCCCUAUAUGAGGAUUAAGUUUUUUUACAACUAUCAGAACAGAAGAGAAGACACUGUUUGGGGGACACUUCCAUCCCCACCUUUAAAAACGGAGAUGAAACAGAAGCACUAAUUUUGGACCGGUAACUGAUCAAAAUUCAUGUAAUCUAAAACACAAAAUGAGGAAGAGUUCUCAGAAAGGAGAGGAAUAAGGAAUUGGGACGUAGACAUAUCUGAGUGAGACUUUUUAUUUUCAGUUUAAAUGUACAGUUUUUAGACACAGAUACAGUGUACGUAGAACCACCUGUAGCCUUUGAGAAACUUUUUUGAAUGUACAACAUUGUAAAUUGUCAAAUCAUGUGA